CGGGAAGAUGGCGGCGGCCGGAGGCGGCGGCAGCGGCAGCGCGGGCUGCGGCGGCUCCCGGGCGGCAGGAGGGCCCGAGCUGUGAGACCCCCAAGGCAGGGCCGGCGUGAAGGGGCGAGCGGCGGCGGCGGCGGCGGAGGAUGAGCUUGCUUUGCGCUCAGUAUCUCCGGCAGGCAGAAGUCCUGAAGGCUGACAUGACGGAUUCAAAGCUGGGUCCAGCUGAGGCCUGGACAUCCAGACAGGCUUUGCAGGACUUAUACCAGAAAAUGCUGGUAACAGAUUUGGAGUAUGCAUUGGACAAAAAAGUGGAACAAGAUCUGUGGAAUCAUGCCUUUAAGAAUCAGAUCACAACUCUACAGGGUCAAGCAAAAAACCGAUCAAAUCCAAAUCGGAGUGAAGUUCAGGCUAACCUCUCUCUGUUCUUAGAGGCAGCUAGCGGCUUCUACACACAGCUACUGCAGGAGCUGUGCACAGUGUUUAAUGUAGAUUUGCCCUGUCGUGUGAAGUCCUCCCAACUGGGAAUUAUCAGCAAUAAACAGACGCACACCAGCGCCAUUGUGAAGCCACAAUCUAGCUCCUGCUCAUAUAUAUGCCAGCACUGCCUUGUCCACCUUGGAGACAUUGCUCGCUACAGAAAUCAGACCAGCCAGGCUGAGUCCUACUACAGGCAUGCAGCUCAGCUUGUCCCAUCCAAUGGUCAGCCUUACAAUCAGCUGGCUAUUUUAGCAUCCUCCAAAGGAGAUCACCUGACCACAAUUUUCUACUACUGCAGAAGCAUUGCUGUGAAGUUCCCUUUCCCAGCUGCCUCUACUAACCUACAAAAAGCACUUUCUAAAGCACUGGAAAGUCGUGAUGAGGUGAAGAUUCAAUGGGGAGUGUCUGAUUUCAUUAAGGCAUUUAUAAAAUUCCAUGGCCAUGUCUAUUUGAGUAAGAACUUGGAGAAAUUGAACCCUCUUCGUGAGAAAUUAGAGGAGCAGUUCAAGAGGCUGCUGUUCCAAAAAACCUUUAAUUCUCAGCAGUUAGUCCACAUUACCGUCAUCAACCUGUUUCAGUUGCAUCACUUACGAGACUUUAGCAAUGAGACUGAGCAGCACAGUUACAGUCAGGAUGAACAGCUCUGCUGGACACAGUUGCUGGCUCUAUUCAUGUCUUUUCUUGGAAUCCUGUGCAAGUGUCCUCUCCAGAAUGAUUACCAGGAAGAGUCUUGGGGUUCUUAUCCCCUUCCUGCACUUAAAGUCUCAAUGGACUGGCUGAAACUUAGACCCAGCGUAUUUCAGGAAGCUGUGGUUGAUGAAAGACAAUAUAUUUGGCCUUGGCUGAUUUCCCUGCUAAAUAGUUUUCAGCCUCAUGAGGAAGACCUCUCCUGCCCUAAUGCUCCACCCUCUCCAGAGGAGUUUGAGCUGCAGGGAUUCUUAGCUUUGAGACCCUCUUUCAGGUGAGAACGGGAUUUCUCGAAAGGCCAUCAGGGGAUUUCAGGAGACAAAGAAGGGCAGCACCGGCGAAUACGGCAACAGCGUCUGAUCUUCACAGGCAAAUGGAGUGACAACCAGCCAAGGCUGAUCCAAUGUGAAAAUGAGAUUGGGAAACUUCUGUUUUUGACAGAGAUCCCAGAAUUGCUGCUUGAUGACUAUAGUGAAUUGAAACAGAGUCACAUUCUGCAGGAAGCAGCAGAGCCACAGUUUGCAGACGGGAGCCCAGGACUUAAGUCAGUGCUGUCAACAGGUCGAAACCUGAGCAGCAGCUGUGAUGCAGGAGAUACAAUGGUGACAUUCAAAGAGAACAUUACGCGAGAGGUAAACAGGGAGCAAGGCCGACGCUAUCUGACUAAGGAAGUGGGUAGGGAAAGAAGGGAUUAUAGUAAAGGAAUAAGCAAUAAAAAUGAUGGAAGAAGGGACAACACAACAAGAGGAAGCAUGAUGAUCAAGAAAUGUGGCAUGGAAAAGAUGCAGGAAGCAGGGAAGCAGAAUGUAGCGGUGCAGGUAAAAUCCCAGACUGAGUUGAGGAAGACUCCCGUGUCUGAAGCCAGGAAAACGCCAGUCACUCAGUCUCCCAACCAGGCCAGCAACUCCCAGUUCAUACCCAUCCAUCACCCAGGAGCUUUCCCUCCUCUUCCUAGCCGGCCAGGCUUCCCACCUCCCGCCUAUGUUAUCCCCCCUCCUGUGGCUUUCCCUAUGGGCUCAGGAUAUACUUUCCCAGGUGGCGUUUCUGUCCCAGGAACCUUUCUUCAGCCUGCAGCUCAUUCACCUGCAGGAAACCAGGUGCAAGCUGGGAAACAAUCCCACAUUCCUUACAGCCAGCAGCGGCCCUCUGGACCAGGCCCAAUGAACCAGGGACCUCAGGCACCAUCCCCUUCUCCGCAGUCCCUUGCAUCCCUACCAGCUCAGGCAACAGCACAGUCUGCGAGCCAGAUGCAGGUCCAGGCUCUGGCCCAGCAGCAGCACAGCAGCCAGCAGCAACAGUCCCCUACAAAAGCUGUUCAGGCCUUAGGGAAGAGUCCUCCACACCACUCCGGAUUCCAGCAGUAUUCCCAGGCAGACUCCUCCAAGCAGCUCUGGAAUCCUCCUCAGGUCCAAGGCCCGUUGGGGAAGAUCAUGCCUGUGAAGCAGCCCUACUAUCUUCAGGGCCAAGACCCCCUAAAACUGUUUGAACAGUCCAUGCAGCCUCCCCUCCUGCAACAGCAGCAGCCUCUGGAGAAGAAGAUGAAGCCUUUCCCCAUGGAGCCAUAUAACCAGAAUCCCUCAGAGGUUAAGGGGCCAGAAUUUUACUGGGACUCCUAUGGCAUGGCUGAUAACCGCAUCAUGAUGGCGCAGCAGCAAGCUAACAUGGACCGCAGAGGGAAACGUCAGCCAGGAGUCUUCCGCCCAGAGCAGGAUCCAGUGCCUAGGAUGGGUUUUGAGAAAUCGCUGCUGGAGAAACCAUCAGAUCUAAUGUCUCAGUCAUCUUCUUUCCUGUCGCUCACGGGCUUCUCUCUUAAUCAGGAAAGAUACCCAAACAGCAUGUUCAAUGAGGUUUAUGGGAAAAACCUCAAUGCCAGCACAAAACCAGAGGUUGCUCCAUCAGUGGCUCACCAGGAGACUUCACUCUACUCCCUCUUUGAAGGUACUCCAUGGUCUCCAUCUCUUCCAGCCAGUUCAGAUCAUUCGACACCAGCUAGCCAGUCUCCUCAUUCCUCUAACCCAAGCAGCUUGCCAAGCUCUCCUCCAACCCACAACCACAAUUCUGUUCCAUUUUCCAACUUUGGGCCCAUUGGGACUCCAGACAACAGGGAUCGGAGGGUCGCAGAUCGAUGGAAGACUGAUAAGCCAGCAAUGGGAGGAUUUGGCCUGGACUAUCUCCCAGCAACAUCUUCCUCAUCAGAGAGUAGCUGGCACCCAGCCAGCACUCCCAGUGGUACCUGGUCAGCCCAUGGCCCGUCUGUAGAGGAUUCGUCAGCUGUGCUUAUGGAAAGCCUGAAGUCUAUCUGGUCCAGUUCGAUGAUGCACCCUGGACCGUCUGCCCUGGAGCAGCUGCUGAUGCAGCAGAAGCAGAAGCAGCAACGUGGGCAAGGUGCCAUGAAUCCACCGCACUGAGAACGAAAGGGUGGCAACCUUUGCAACCGAAAAGCUCCAUACAUCAUGGCAUGUUGGGUUUGCAGGACUGUCUCACACGGCCCUGUGCGCGUGGCAGCCCUCUCUUCUGUUCCUUGCCGUCAGGAGGGCGUAAGUGCUCCACCAACCCACUGAGUGUGCACGGAAAUGUCUGCAGUGCAACGGAAAACCAACACCAGGAACUCUCCCCUCCCUCCGGGGCCCCCUGGAGGGAGAGAGGGACUGCUGUUUGUCUCACGGUAACCCGAUAUCACCGCCUCUCACCUUCUCCAUCGUGCAUGUCCCCAGCCAUGUGGGAAAAUAAAAUGCUGAGAAUGAAGAGCAGAUGGGAGAAGCCACUGAGAACUUCUCGAUCCUUCUCCUCAGUUCUGGGGAAACCAAUAGGAGUCUAUUACCGAUAGCUUUGCUGACUGAGAAUGUAGUUGAAAUUUAUUCCUCAACAUCUAAAUUUCCAAUUGUUACUCUCUCAGUUGUAAGGCCACACUGAAUUCUUCCAUACACAGGUGUGCUUUGUAGUCAGUGUGUAGCAACCCCUCCAGUCGCUGGUCCAGCCCGAGGUGGGUGGGGGUGCUAGCGUCCGUCUCCCGAGUUAGGUAAGGAGUUUCGUGAAGGAGAGUCUGCCCCCUCCAGUACCAUUUCCACCUUUUUCUCAGAGGUUGUCCCUGGAAUAACCCCAAGCGGGAGAGAUUCCAAUGCUGAAGUGCAGUGGUCACUGCAGGGCUCUCCGUUAGGGCAAGCAAACCACUGCUAUGGGGUUUUAAGUUAAAUGGUUCAGAUUCCUGUACAUUUUAUGAUAGUGUAGUGACCAGCCUCAUGAAAUGGCAAGCUGGUCUGUGCAUUCACAGCCUGACUCCCUUUUUAUGUAGGUAGAUAAAAAGCUUUGUGUCUUUCCCCCCACCCUACCCUACCCCACCCCCUCCUUCCCCUUUCCAUGCUGGUUGCUUGUAGUUUUGUUCUUCAUAUACAGCAUCCCACAGUCAUAGCAGGAUAAUGGGGAGUAAAGGAGCUAGUCUGGACAGGAUGAUGUGUGCAAUCCCUCUCCCUAUAGGUGUAUGCCCACUCCACAGGCCUGCACACACCUGUAGCCACAAGGUUCCAGUUUUUGGAACGGAAGUUCAAGGCAGCAGAGGACACAUCGCAUGGAACUCGCACACAGAAGCCAACCGUCCUACUUGCCCCUACAAGGGUGCACAAUGGGGACAAAGGGUUCCACUGGAUAUAUUUAUUUGAGCAGAAGGAAGACUGCAAAUCUUCUUGCAUAGGAUAAAAGGACAGCAUUUAUUUUUGUUUCCCAGCGUAGUUACGGAAGCAACCUAAAUACGAGAAACUGCUGCAGUCGCAGGAGUGUGUGUGUGCGUGUGUGUGCGUCUGUCAGUUCAGGAUCUGCAAGCUGGGAAAUGGCUGCAGAGUAAAGCACAUCCAGGGUCCACAAGGGACGUUGUGGAGUCGGGGGGCAGCCCCGUAUAGACUUGAUAUAAAAGGGAAGAUGUAUGCAUAGUGCUCUGUCUAGGAUAGGAAUUGGACCCCCUUUGCCUCCCCAGGCUAGCAGUGUUGCUGCUCUGCAUCACAUCUCUAAACGAUGUUCCUCCGAAGCAAAAGUCUCAAGGAUUAAGUUCCUACCCUGGUUGUAAUCUUCAGCUGAGACCCUCUGUGCUUAUUUGAUGCCCUGUCCCUGCUUCCAGCCCACCCUUCUUCCAGUUUGUGUAUUUGAGCUGUGCAUCGAGGCAGCUGCAACAUUCCAGCGUUUGAACCACCACCGAUUCUUGCACCCUAGGCAACCUAACCAGGUUCAUCAUCUGACUCUCUCAGCAGCGCCAGAGUCCCAGCCCAUAGGCUCCCAUUUCUGCAUGAGAAGUCUGGUGUUUAGAAUGUUUUUCUUGAUCUUUUGAGCAGGGCUCCCUAUUCUCCUCCCCCUUACUUACACACACACACACACACCCUGCUGUGAGGAGCCUCAAGGGAAGGGAAGAUUUCCCCCCCAGCAGAGAAAACUGGUUUGUGUCGUAAGCUUCUUUUGUGUUUUUGUCUGUCUGUGCGAGACCUGCAGCUGAACUCAGCUUUGCCUUUAAUUAAACCAUGUUCUCUACAGCCA